ACGCAGACAAACGGUUCAUCCCUGAGCUCUUCUCUCCAGACCUGAUGAUAUCCUACAGUGAUAGAACAGCCAGCAAGUACACAGCCAGCCUGCCGCUCUCUCUCUCUCUCAGACAGUCAGACUAACAACACAAACUCAAUCAUUUUACCAACUAAUAAAAAUGUAACCAAAAAAAGGACUAAUCGCUGAAACGCGUCGUCUCAACUUCAAGCGCGCGCUCGAUCUCUAGUUCAGUCAGAAACGCGGCGAAAGUAAAGUGGAUUUUAGCAGUUUAAUAUAAGUGAAAACACCAGGAGACAAUGUGGAGCUCUGUCCUGCUUCUUAUUUUCCCUCUGCUGAUGUCUUUCUGCGGUGGAGUGUGUUUCGAGUGUCCGGAGAUCUGCAGAUGUUCCCAGAAGAGCAUCACCUGUAACAGCGCGACGGAGAGCCAGAAGAGUCUCAGCAGACUAGUUUUGAACUACAUCUCAGUGCGGACCAUCAGCAGCUGGAGUUUCGACGGCCUGAAAGGAGUAAAAAGAAUAGAAAUCGCCCAGAGCGUCUCAGUGGAAACCAUCGAGUCUGAAGCCUUCAAUAACCUGCCGAACGUCUCCGAGAUCUCGAUCCAGAACACACGAAGCCUGGUUCACAUCCAGCAGCGGGCCUUCAACCAGCUGCCCAAACUAAGAUACCUGAGCAUCUCCAACACUGGCAUUAGUGUUUUUCCUGACCUGACCUCCAUCUUCUCCCUGGAGGCUCAUUUCAUACUGGAUAUUUGUGAUAACCUGAAUCUGCGCUCAGUGCCACCCAAUGCUUUCACCGGGAUGACAAGUGAAUAUGCCACAAUGAAUCUCUUUAACAAUGGAUUUCAAGAAAUAGAGAGCCAUGCCUUCAAUGGAACAAAAAUAGACAAACUAGUGUUGAAGAACAGCCGAGAUCUGCGUGUGAUCCACGAAGACGCUUUUAAAGGAGCUUUAGGCCCGACUGUGCUUGAUGUCUCUUCCACGGCUCUGGAGACGCUGCCCUCACAUGGCCUGGAGUCAAUGCUGAUGCUGACAGCCCGCUCAGCGUUCGCCCUGAAGAAACUCCCUCCACUGAAGAGCCUGAAGAGCCUGAGAGAAGCGCAGCUCACCUUUCCCAGUCACUGCUGCGCUCUGAUCAACUGGGACAACAACAGGGACGGUUCUGUCAACUCGGCUUUGAGAAACAGAUCGUCAUACUGUGGGGACAACAGUUCACCAGCUGACCUGUCUGCAAUCUCCUCAGACGAUCCUCUUGCAUCAGACGUGGUUGGAUCGUCAUCCGUCGAGGAUACUUUCGGUAGCAUCGACUUCCACUAUCCAGAGCUGGAUUUAUGCCAGCAGCGUCCAGCACUUCAGUGCAGCCCUGAAGCCGACGCUUUCAACCCCUGCGAGGACAUCGCUGGAUUCAGCUUCCUGCGAGUCGCCAUCUGGUUCAUCAAUAUCCUGGCCAUCGCCGGAAACCUGAUUGUCCUGCUGGUUUUAUUCACUAGUCGCUGCAAAUUGACCGUUCCCAGAUUUCUAAUGUGCCAUCUAGCCUUCGCCGACCUUUGCAUUGGCAUCUACCUGCUAAUGAUCGCAACUGUUGACCUGCGGACACGUGGACACUACAGUCAUCAUGCAAUUGAGUGGCAAACCGGAGCAGGAUGCGGCAUUGCAGGGUUUCUAUCUGUAUUCGGUGGCGAAUUAUCCAUCUAUACUCUGUCCACCAUUACAGUGGAGCGCUGGCACACAAUCACUCACGCUCUCCGACUGGAAAGACGUCUGGGAUUGAGCCAAGCAUCGCUAAUUAUGACCAUCGGAUGGCUGCUUUGUUUAGCGAUGGCACUCCUUCCCUUAAUAGGCGUCAGCAGCUACAGUAAAGUCAGCAUGUGUUUGCCGAUGGACAUCGAAACGCCUUUAUCGCAAGCUUACGUUAUACUCCUGUUGCUCUUUAACGUUGGUGCAUUUCUCGUGAUUUGCGGAUGCUAUGUGUGCAUUUACAGCGCAGUACGUAAUCCUGAAUUCCCAGGACGCGCUGCUGAUGCUAAAAUCGCAAAGCGAAUGGCGGUUCUGAUUUUUACGGACUUUCUGUGCAUGGCGCCUAUUUCGUUUUUCGCUAUUUCGGCAGCCUUUAAAGUGCCUUUGAUCACCGUGACCAACUCCAAAAUACUGCUCGUGCUUUUCUACCCCAUUAAUUCAUGCGCCAAUCCAUUCCUCUACGCCAUCUUCACCAGAGCCUUCAGGAAAGACGCUUGUAUUCUCCUGAGCUCCAUGGGCUGCUGUCAAAGCAAAGCUAACUUGUACCGGAUGAAGACGUACUGCUCGGAGAACAUCAACCGAAGCAAAAGCAGCUCCGGCUCCAAUGCGAACUCAAAAGGGCCUCGAGCCGUCAUGUGGAUGUCAAGCUUUCCUCAGUUAACACCUCGACCGCACAUACAGAGAGUCUAGCCUGGUUUACAUCACUCCGUGUUAAUGUGCAUUUUGAUCCCUUAAAGGUGCUAUAGGUGCAUUUUGGACUCCUCUAAUGCAUGAAAAUACCAUAAUGGGCUGUAUUUUAAAGAUCUCAGUGCAUGGAUUAAAAUGCAUGGUGCACUUAGGAUGUGUCUGAAUCCACUUUUGCUAUUUUAAGAAGGGGAAAAAUUGUUGUUGAACCAAGCGCAUGGUCUAAAAUGGUUGUCCUUAUUCUCCUAUUAAGUUAUGGAUGGUUUUGAAGUAUCGCAUGAGAAACGAGUCCCAAAUUGCGAGUAAAAAUCCUUUAAAAGAUGCUAUAGGUAGAUUUUUGAUUCCUCUAAUGCAUAAAUAUACAAUAAUGGGCUCUAUUUUAAUGAUCUAAGUGCAUGGAUUAAAACACACGGUGCAUUUAGGAUGUGCCUGAGUCCACUUUGCUAUUUUAAGUAGGGGAAAAACUUGUCGAACCAGGCGCAUAGACUAAAAUGGUUGUCCUUGUUUUCUUAACAAUUUAUGGAUCGUUUUGAAGUAUAGCAUGAGAAACAAGCAACAAAUUGCGAAUAAAAAUCCCUUAAAGGUGCUGUAGGUACGAUUUUAGACUCCUCAAAUGCAUAAAAAUUCAAUAAUGGGCUCUAUUUUAAUGAUCUAACUGUAUGGAUUAAUAUUUAUGGUGCACUUAGGAUGUGUCUGUAUCCACUUUUGCUAUUUUAAGCAGGGGAAAACUCGUCGUACCAAACGCGUGAUCUUAAAUGAUUGUCCUUAUUAAGAGAAUAAGUUAAGUAUCACAUGAGAUACGAGUGACAAAUUUCGAAUAACAAUCCCUUAAAGAUGCUGUAGGUACGUUUUUAGACUCCUCUAAUGCAUAAAAAUACCAUAAAGGGCUCUAUUUUAAUGAUCUAAUUGCAUGGAUUGACACACGGUGCACUUAGGAUGUGUCUGAAUUCUCUUUCACUAUUUAAAGGAGGUGAAAAACUGUCGUUGAACCAAGCGCAUGGUCUAAAAUGGUUGUCCUCAUUCUCCUAAUAAGUUAUGGAUGGUUUUGAAGUAUAGCACGAGAAACGAGUCCCAAAUUGCGAGUAAAAAUCCCUUAAAAGAUGCUAUAGGUAGAUUUUUGAUUCCUCUAAUGCAUAAAUAAACAAUAAUGGGCUCUAUUUUAAUGAUCUAACUGUAUGGAUUAAUAUGCAUGGUGCACUUACGAUGUGUCUGUAUCCACUUUUGCUAUUUGAAGUAGGGGAAAACUGUCGUCGUACCAAACGCAUGAUCUUAAAUGAUUGUCCUUAUUAAGAGAAUAAGUUAAGUAUCACAUGAGAAACGAGUGACAAAUUUCGAAUAACAAUCCCUUAAAGGUGCUGUAGGUACGCUUUUAGACUCCUCUAAUGCAUAAAAAUACCAUACAGGGCUCUAUUUUAAUGAUCUAAGUGCAUGGAUUAACACACGGUGCACUUGGGAUGUGUCUUAAUCCACUUUUACUAUUUGAAGCAGGUGAAAAACUGUCGUUGAACCAAGGGCAUUGUCUAAAAAGGUUGUCCUGAUUCUCUUAAUAACGUAUGGAUUGUUUUGCAGUAUCGCAUGAGAUACAAGUGACAAAUUGCAAAUAAAAAUCCCUUAAAGAUGCUGUAGGUACGUUUUUAGACUCCUCUAAUGCAUAAAAACACCAUAAUGGGCUCUAUUUUAAUGAUCUAAGUGCAUUGACUGAAGUGCACAAUGCACUUAGGAUGUGUCUGAAUCCACUUUCGUUAUUUUAAGAAAGGGAAAAACUGUUGUCGAACCAGGCGCAUUCUAUAAA